AAAAAAUGGUUACCAAUGUAAUUUGAGUUUUGCUAAAACACAAUAUCAGUCAGUGUCUGAUAUAUUUGUAAUUUUAUGUUGGCUAUUACCGGUUUUUGUCUCCAAUAAUAUCAGCAGUUGUCGUGGCCGAGUGGUUAAGGCGAUGGACUAGAAAUCCAUUGGGAUCUUCCCGCGCAGGUUCGAAUCCUGCCGACAACGUGAUUUUUUCUCCUGUGAUUGGUAAUGCCCAGGCGUUUACAUUGUAUCAUAGAUAGCCAGUAUCUUGUAUCACUACACAUAAAUCGCUAGCUACACGGUAUCAAUCUUUACCUACUUGAAAUGAGGUUACGCCUGUCAAUCAAGCACUCCUGUUCAUGACAACAGUCAAUAAGCAGCAGUACCCUGAAGCUAUGGCGGACGAUUUGGACGAAUUGCUAGAUGAGGUUGAAACAAAGUUCUGUCGCAAUGUUUCAUUGACGCCACAACUUCAAGCUCCCUCAGAUUUAUCGACGGCUGGGAAAUGUUUAACGCAAACUGGGAAAGAAAGAAAACACUGCACCACUGACGAUACACCCAGAAAAACGGACAGCGAAGAUAUAGAUGCCCUUCUCGAGGACAUACUUGACGAUGAUUUCGAUUCCCUUGCGCUAAACACUGGACAGCUUCCUAAAAUGACGAAGACAUUGCCACAGUCCACAAGAAAGUGCUGCCCAGUUUUCCUUGGUGGAAGCUCCAUUGCAAAUGGUGUAGGAACAGCUGUUUCACAAAGGUCGUGUGAUCAGCUGAGAUGUAUCUCCUGUGACUUUCGGGUGGCCAUGUUUGACGAUCAUGAAUGGGACCCCUCUUGUGAUUACCUCUUCUUCAGGAACAACAUGCCAGACUGUCAGAAGCUGCGGGCUAAGCUGAGGAGAAGAAAAGGGGCGCGGGCGUACGCCUGCCAGUGUAGCUGGCACUCUGCUCGAGACCUCAACGACCUGAGAGAACAGCACCAGCUCAAGUGGGUCUGUGGGAAGCAUGAAUGGAGAAGCGAAGGUGGUUAAGACCGUUGGGCCAGUAACCGAAAGGUCGCUGGUUUGAAUCCACACGCUAACGAGGUGAGAAAAAAAAUAUGUCUGCGCUCUUGAGCAAGGCAAUUAAACAUAAUUGCUCCUGUUUGUCUUUCUGGAUAAUAACAACUGCUAAUAUGUAAAUGACUCUGUUUUAUAGUUCUCACUUCACUGCUAUGUUUGAUGAAAUGCUAGUAAUUUGUUAUGUCAUCGUAGUCACUGUCAGAAAGAGACUGGUCCGGGUCUUCUUUCACAGUAGCAUCACCAAUCCCCUCUUCAUCUUGGACUUCUAUGUUCUCAUAAAGCUCAGAGGAAGAUGAGCUGCUUGAAUCUUCUGUAUAAAGGAUUCACAUUACCAUUUACAUACAUCCACAAUAAGCUACAUGUUUUCAGCAAUUUGCAUCUACAAUACCUUCAGAAAGUAUUUACACCCAUUGACUUUUUCCAUAUUAUGUUGUUACACAGCCUUAAUUUAAAAUGGAUUAAAUUUAGAUUUUGUGUCACUGGCCUACACACAAUACCCCAUAAUGUCAAAGUGGAAUUAUGUUUGUAGCAACAGUAUGUGCAAUAAUAGUGUUCAACAUGAUGUUUGAAUGACUACCACACGCAAUUAUCUGUAAGGUCCCUCAGUAAAGCAGUGAACUUCAAACCGAUUCAACUUCAAAGACAUUCAAGGUUUCCCAUUGCCUCGUAAAGAAGGGCACCUAUUGGUAGAUGGGGAAAAAUAAAAAAGCACACAUGGAAUAUCCCUUUGAGAAUAGUGAAGUUUUUCAUGACACUUUGGAUGGUGUAUCAAUAUACCCAGUCACUACAAAGAUACAUCCUUCCUACUCAGUUGCCGAAGAGGAAGGAAACCGCUAAGGGAUUUCACCAUGAGGCCAAUGGUAACUUUAAAACAGUUACAGAGUUUAAUGACUGUGAUGGGAGAAAAUUGAGGAUAGAUUAACAACAUACUCCACAAUACUAACCUAAAUGGGGGAAAAAAGGAAACCUGUACAGAAUAAAUAUAUUUCAAAACAUGCAUCCUGUUUGCAAUAAGGCACUAAAGUAAAACUGCAAAACAUGUGACAAAGAAAUUAACUUUAUGUCCUAAAUACAGAGUGUUAUGUUUGGGAUAAAUCCAACACUUCACUGAGUACCACUCUUCAUUUUGUCAAGUAUGGUGGUUGCAUCAUGUUAAGGGUAUGCUUGUCAUCAGCAAGGAGUAGAGAGUUUUUUAGGAUAAAAAUAAACAGAAUUGAGCCAAGCACAGGCAAAAUACUAGAGGAAAACCUGGUUCAGUCUGCUUUUCAAUAGACACAGGGAGACAAAUUCACCUUUCAGCAGGACAAAAACCUAAAACACAAGGCAAAAUAUACAUUGGCCUAGUUAAAGUUUUGAUUUAAAUUGGCUUAAAUAUAUGGCAUGACUUGGAAAUUGUCACACCCUGAUCUGUUUCACCUAUCCGUGUGCUUGUCUCCACCCCCUCCAGGUGUCACCCAUCUUCCCCUGGGUAUUUAAACUUGUGUUUUCUGUCUGUCUGUUGUCAGUUUGUCUUGUAUG